AUGCCGCAGAAGAAAGAAGCAGUCGAAGCAGCGAGCGGCAAGUCAGCGCAGCGCUCGAAAGCCGAUGCAAAGCCACCGGAGCCCAAGGAACCAGCGGCCGAUUCAGGCGGAGGCCGUAAACGCGCACGUUCGCGCUCGGAAGCAGGUGCAGAUGCGGAAGCUGAUGGCGGAGCACAAGCACGUGGCAAGUAUUCAUGGCCGCCAGAUCCAGACGAAGCACGCCUUACUCCCGAAGGAGCUGUUUGUGAUGCGCAAUCACGUCUCAAGCUCAGCGCUUACUCGGAUCUGAAAUCACUCUUUCCAAAGGAGGCUGCGCCGGCGAGGCACCCUGAUCCAGACAACCCUGGAAUACGCGAAGAAGAGCUGCCAGGAGGAGAGGCUGCCAUCUCCCUCGAAUUUCUGAUCAACUGGAGUGAUGACAAGGGUGCGGGAUGGAGGACUACGCGCCAGGCCAUCGAAGGUAAGAACAAAGCCGAAAGUAGAUGGUUCGGCGCCCGAUCGUGGGGCAGCUGGCGAAUGGCCUUCCUCAUGGCAAGUCUGCAGAGAGAUGUCUGGCAGCGGGCAGCCGCAAAAUCAGCAGCCCCUGCCGCAGCAGCAGCACCUGCCGAGGAGCCAGCAGCACAAGAGGCCGCGCCGGCUGAACCGUUACAGAAGGUGCUGCAUGGUCCAGAACCGUGGAAGAUCUUCUCUCCCAAAGUCAUCGACCUGCGCUUGUGCAUGGCUCGGACAUGGAACGAGGGCAAGGGUGGACAGUGCUCAGAGCCUCGGGAAGAUGGCUGCGAUCUCUGCUACAAAUGUAUGAGGAGAGCUGCCAGCGUGACGGGCCUGAUCUACGGGAUGGUCGAUGGGCCGAUGCCGCCGGGCAGGUUGGAGCAGUUCGAGAGGGCUGCCGUGACAGGCGCGACUGGAGCGAAAGCAGCUGCCAAAGAUGUCGAUGGGCCUUCCCUGCCCAGAAACGUCAAAACACGGCUGCGAGCAAAGACCGCCCUCGGGCCAAAGGAAGAGCCAGAGGCUAAACACGCGAAGAGGUCGGGAAGGCCCCGCAAGGCACAGCCAGAAGAGCCUGCAGCAGGCGUGCUGCCGGAUGUGCUGCCGGAUGAGCCUCAGAGGCCGGAAGCCCAAAGGCAGAGGAACCGCGCAAAGAGGAAGCAGCCGGAAGAGGGGCCUCCAGACGCGGAGCUGCCACCUGGGUACCGGAGUCGACGAUUGCAGUCCCAACAGCCCUCCAAGGAAGAGGCGCGUGAGCACCUUCGCCAAAGAUGGAGCAGCGUCGGCAACGCAAUGGACGAGGCCCUGGAGCAGAUCGAGGCCGAAGCCAGGCUGGGCCCCGUCGGCUCCUUCCAGCACUCCGAUGGGUUCAUCCCACUCUCAAACAUCGGCCAUGCCAUAGCUGGGAUGUCCAAAACGGCACAAACCUCCCACCGCCUAAGGUUUGCAAUGAUACUGCGGGAGAGCGUGCUGCGGCAACCGGAGGCGGGAGUGGCGUUCGUGCAGGGCGGCGGUGUCUCCGAGAUCCGCUCCUGGCUACAGUCUGCGCUCAACCGAGACACUCCACCGGAAGCACUGAGGCAGCACGAGGCCGUUGCCCUGGAGUGUCUCGCCCUUCUUGAGGAGCUGCCAAUGACACUGGACUGCCUGAAGGCAACUGGCAUUGGACGCACGCUCACUGGGCUGCGGAGCUAUUGCGAGCCGGCGAUGGUGGAUGCAGGGGCAUUGGUUGCGAAGUGGACGCAGCAAUUUCAAAAAGAGCUGGAGAAAGCAAGCCGAAAGGAGGCGGCCAUAAAGACAGAGCAGGCAGCGCAGGCACCGCAGGCAGCUGUGAAGAUCGAACGUGCGAGGAAGGUGCAGUCGAAGCAGGAGCCCAGCCAAGGCCAAGGAGUCUCCAAAGAUCUGGGGGCAGCACGGUCUUCAUCCUCAGCGGCGGCUGCAGCAGAACGGCCUUCGCUGCUGCCCGGUCAGGGAUCAAGCAGGGCCGGGCCUUCCAUCCAGUCCUCCGCACGGGCAAAGCUGAUGCAGAUGCGGAGUCGGCAGAAGAAGCCCAGCAACAAAACGGAGGAUGUGCUGCGAGAACUCUUCCUGCUGGGGAAGGUGCUGGAUGAAUCGAAGAAGGCCUCAGGUAGCACCGUCAUCGACAUCGAGUGA